AUGGAUGGUGGUCUCGAACGCCUCGUACGGCUCUUGCACGAAUUUUGUUUAUGUCCACCACCACCGGAGAACCCUUCGUUAUUUUAUGGUCUUGCGCCACCCUCUGCUCGUCCUCCCAAACCGCUUCCGACAUUGAAUCCGACAAGCUUUGAUAAACAUGCUGCAUAUCGAUUUUCUCUUGCUUUCCAAUGUGUCGUCAACAUCGGUGUUCGCGGAAGCGAGCCAAUACGAAGCAGAGUAGUCCAGGCCGGCACUCUGGAGGUUGUAGGGUGUAUCCUUGAGGCCUGGUUAGUUCACAAAGGGUUCGCAAUAGGGCCGAAUGCUUCUGGGACGCCUGGCUCUGCAACCGGUUGGGGUUCUUACGGGAGAGAAAGCAGAGAGCAACGGCAUGCUAGGAGGCAACAACAGAGACAGAUGCUGAGAGAUGUUGAAGAAGCAGCGGACCUAGCCAGAGCCUUGCAAAGGCAGAUGAGCCACUCUGAAAAUCCUGUCCACACGACCGGCACUGUAUCAUCCAUAACAGAGGUUUAUCAGGACACUCCCAAUGAGGCGUCCGCGACUACCAGCCUCAUCCACACCGGCACGUCAGCGUCCGGAAUUGAGAUUAGCGGUACAGAUGACGAUGAAGGACCAGUCGUCAUACCCCCUGGAAGAGAUCGAAGUGGAACUGUGGUGGCUCGAGCCAACUGGGAUCCUAUCGGUCAACAAUGGCGGAACGUCGCUGCAAGUUUAGACACGGCACAAUCUUCUCCUACUCCUUCUGUGUCUUCAAACGAUCAAUCACGACCAUCUUCUCGCCCGCAGUCCGAAACCGAAGAUGAUGCCGAUGUGGACAUGGACGGCCCAAUCCCUAAUAGCGCGAGUACUAACGCUAGUGUUAGUGACAUCGAUGCCCCAUCGCCCCGUACAUCGAGGCCUCAUCAGCGAACACAUCGUCCUUCAAUGAAUAGACACACGCUGGUCGGCCUCGGUCUUGCAGGCGAUCCGGUCCCACCUUUGAAUAUGACAAUGGGUGGUCUGGCAGGGAUCGGUCAUGGAGAUGCGCAUAUCAUUAUCAAUGAUUCGGCCGGUGGCGCUGACGGCCUAGGCACUAUGGGUGACGUAGGCAUGAACAUGGGUUUAGGAGGGGGUAUGGCUGGCGAGGACGGGAUUGUCUCUCUGGAAAUCGAAAACAACGAUGAUUUUGCGAUGGGUGCACCCCCAGGUGCCCCAGGCGCUAUACCUGCGGCAAAUAUGGGCGAUGUCACUCUGGGACUCGAUGGAGAUCUCAGCAUGAGCGAGACUGAAGAUGGUUCUAGACCAGCUUCACGCGGUGAACAUGUAGUUCCGGAAGGUCAAGUCAACCUUGAGAUGGAGCGAUCCGGUACUAUUAGAAGAGUCCGUGCACCUGGGACCCCAGAUGCAACACCAAGGGCAGGAGUGAUUGGACUUCCGCCGUCUCCUUCGGCGGCAUCGUCUGCAGGUUUGAACAUUCCUUCAUCAUCACGAUUGCCCUCCUCAGAAUCGUCUACAUCCUCUUCCCUUCCAUCAACUUCGACUAUGGGCUCUUCCUCUGCUUCACGUAGUAGCACUGUGCGAGGAAUAUCUGUGGGUGGAAUUGAUCUCUCUCGGGACUCGGAUGAAAGGUGGGAUGCGCCUGGAAGUAACGCAGACACCGCAGCCAGUUUGUCCGGAAGUGAGUCGCGAUGGACUCAGGAACCUCUUGAAGGAGGGUCCCUGCAUGCGGAGAACACUAGAAGAGAAAAUGGUUAUGAAGAUCGCCAGAAUACCCUUACCGUUGAAGGUUCCCGGAGAAGUACCAAUACGCUAACAACACCCGGCACAGUACGGUCGACAGCGUCCAACAUUUCCAUUGCAUCUACUGCUGCUACGGCGUCAACUACUACAACAACACAUACACUUCCUCCGUCACCUUAUCGAGAUGAAGACGUUCUCCUGAGCCUUCAACUUCUUGCGUAUCUUAGCAAAUAUCCACACGUCCGACAAGCCUUCUACAAAAAACGAGAUAGUUUCCAUCCUGCCAGUGCUGGUCCAAUUGGGGGCCCUACUCCAUCCAUCCCCUCUACUUCUACUACGAAUUCCACUCCAGGUCCCAGUAGAAGUGGUAAGGAGAAGGAACCAAACAAACUUUUAAAGGAAUCUUCAGUGUUUUUCCGCGCAUUCACUAGCGCUGCGACACGAGGAAAGGAGAAAGAACGAGUUAAUGACAAAUAUCCUACCGCUUCUUCCUCUUCAAGCCCUACGGCUGCAUCACCAGCCCCCAGACAGACCAACGUUUUUUCGUUGGUGGAACGUUUCACUUACCGACCUAGUUCUUCUGAACUUGCCGAGUACAAUAGUAACGGCAGCCAGAUGAAUGUUCCUCCGCGGCUCCCGCCCGAAAUCCAGUAUUGGGCUGGAGUGAUCAUGCGUAAUGCGUGUAGGAAAGAUGAUAGUCGCGGAGGAAUUCGACAGUGUGCUAAUAUGCUUUGUGGUCGAUGGGAAGAAUAUCCACGAGAAUUUGCAAAAUGUCGUCGUUGUCGCAAGGCAAAAUACUGCGGUAAAGAAUGUCAGAGCACGGCAUGGAGCGAGGGUCAUAGGUUUUGGUGUAGCGCUAAAGAUGCAGACGAUGAGACUACGGCUGCUCCUGCGAGUGCCAGUACUGUAAAUGCCGGAGAACCAUCUCAAACGCCGCAACACCAACAUGCCGCUAACGCAGGCGAACCGGAUAGGAGGGAAAGAAGGGAUCGCGAAAGAGACAGGCAUGGCAGGGACCGAGUAGUCGGAGCGCAUCGACCUCGGGGGCUCGAAGCCCUUGGAAGGCAAGCUAAUGAUGCCCCUAUCUCUCCUACUGCAACAAUAUCAAGAGCUGCUGAAGCCAUCGAUAGAGGUUUUACGCUCUUCAACUUGCAACGGCCUUCACCAGGUCAAGUUGUACCUUCACAAUCUCGAGCCCGUCCUGAACUUGCCUCGUAUGGCAGCUCUGAUGGAUCGGAAUUCGAUGCUUCAGAGGGCGGUAGAAGGCGUUCUGAAACGGUUACUGGAGUCAUGUCUGUUGGGUCUUCCACAGGGCGACCCGAUUUAACGAUCCCUCCAUAUGUACCUAAUUCGACCCAGCGUAGUCAUGGUACUCGCGGACAACAAGAACCGUCUACUUCUAGGCUUCACAGGUUACUUCCUACGCGGAAUGAUAAUGCGGGACAGACUACGAGGUCAGGGAAUGAGGAACACAAUAUGCUCUUAGGUUGA